UAGGGAACCAUUCGUACAUAAUUUGUAUUUAGAUAUAUACCUUCAUACCUAGGUCAAAUUGGCCAACGGUUCAGUAUCAGAUCAGGUUCAGUAGAAGAUCAAGCAAUAUCCGGCCGUCUGCCUGCCAGUGCGUCGAGACUUGAACUAUAUUAAAUAGAGAUGUAAUAAACGAAACAAACUAUAUUUACAACGGUAAGGUAUAUUGAUUUAAUUUAAUUAAUUAAUUUGCAAGCAAAUAACACAUGUAUGUUAAUUUGUAUUUACAGACAAGUUUAUAUAGCUAUGUCCGUCUACUUCCGUUUAUACUCAUACUAGACUGUCUGUCCCAAAUGUCUCUUUAUUACAAGGUGUAUACUCAGGAGCUAGUCUGAUCGGACCAUUGUCACUAUGGCUGCCAUAGGAAUAUGGGAUACAGAAUGGAAUGGAAUAAAAAAAAAUUGUUUAAAUUCUUAUGAUUUAUGUAUUAGUUUUGUAUUAGUAUUUGUAUUUGUAUUAUGUCACAAAACUUUUUCCCACUUCCACUCUAUCGUCCACAAACCGCCCUUAUCUGACACGUUCACGCUAUUCAUACAUUUUCUAAUUUGUUUUCAUUUUCUCAAAUUUCUACUGAUAUGCCAGAAAUAUGAGUAACGGAUAUAUUUUUUGAAUGUGAACACUUUUUUGGCGCUUCGUCAGUACGUGAAAAGCCGGCCAAAGUGUCAGAAAACCACAUCUUACUUAAUUAAUUUAAUGUAAUGUUAACAUUUACUUAAAAAAAUAGUUGGUAUGACAUAUAUGAGGAUCAAAAGCAACAACUGAUAGUUUUUAAUAAACUGCGGAAUAAACUUAAAAGAAUUUACAAGAAAUUUUGCUGAUCAGAGUGCUAUAUGCAAAGAGGGGAUAAUUGCUUAGCUGCACUGAGACACUAACAAAAUAUACAUAUGUAUGUGUACAUAUGUAUAUCUUAAAAAAGGAAAUGACCAUUAAGUACACAGUGCUUAGAAAUUUUUUCAUUUGGCAAAUCCCUGCAGUUAUUUACUCCAAAUAAUAACUUUAUUUUAGUUUUAUUUGUUGGUUUUUGAAAAAUGUAUUAAUUGUCUGAAUUACUAUUUAAUUCGUUUAUAACAUUUUCUAAAAUACUCCUUAAUAAAAUUCGCGAUUUUGAAAGGCGCUCGCCUUUUCAAAGAGGAAUCUAUUAUUUUCAUUUUGCUUCGUCCGUUAUCCCUAAUUCAUUAACUUGAUGAUUGAUUAACAAUGAAUGCGCGCGCAACAUAUCACUGAAGAAAUGAAUAUAUAGCUAUUAUUCAGAGAAAGAGCAUGUUGUUCUUAUUAUCAAUCCCAACCCACAUAAACUGGUUGUGCUCGGUUUGUAAAUAAAAACGUUUAAUCAAUUUGAUAUUCAUAUUCAAGUGUGACAAGAAGUAGAAAAUGUUAUACCAUUUUCGCAGAGCAAAAUAAAUUUUUCUCAAAUGUUGUUUAUUAAUAGAAGCCAAAAAAUAAUAACAACGGUAUUUUACAUUCGGAACAUUUUUUUCGUUCCCGUUCUAUACUCUUGUGCGGCUUCAGCUGUAGUUUUCGUACUGCAAAAUAGACAACAUGAUUUUAAGCCAGUCGUUUCUUUUAUGCCGAAGCGGUUGUACUCGUAAUGUUCAUAGCAAGCGGCUUAUUACUGCUUCAGUUCCUUUCAUACGCCUUGGGAGUACCACCCUUGGUCAGAGUUGGAGCUAUAUUUUCAAACCAACCUGGAAUGUAUAACUCGGAGUUAGCGUUUAGAUACGCUAUUCAUAGACUUAAUAUGGACAAAAGCCUUUUGCCUGAGACUACUGUUGAUUACUAUGUUGAAUACGUAAACCGAUUUGACUCUUUCGAGACAGUUCAAAAAGUGUGCAAACUUAUACAAGUUGGGGUUCAAGCUGUUUUUAGUCCAACUGACUCUGUUUUGGCGACCCAUAUAAAUUCAAUUUGCGAUGCACUGGACAUCCCAAACAUAGGUCGGUCUGCCCAUGACUUUUCUAUUAACGUCUAUCCAUCGAAGCAAUAUGUAAAUUAUGCCUUUAACGAUGUAAUACAGUAUUUAAAUUGGACACGCUUUGGGAUCUUGCAUGAAAAAGAAAAUGGAAUUAUAAACUUGCAUCAGCUAUCCCGGUCAUUUCACGGAGAAGUUCAUAUGCGACAAGUUUCUCGAGAUUCAUAUGUAUCCGCAUUAAACGAAUUUAAAGGAAAAGAAAUACAUAAUAUUAUUAUUGAUACAAACUCGAACGGUAUUUCCAUUUUGUUAAAAACUAUAUUACAGCAACAAAUGAAUGAAUACAAGUAUCAUUAUUUGUUUACAAGCUUCGAUUUGGAAACUUAUGAUCUGGAAGACUUUAAAUAUAAUUUCGUGAACAUUACAUCGUUUCGAUUGGUCGACACUGCGGAUGUUGGAGUAAAGCAAAUCUUGAAGGAUAUCGGAUUGUAUAGUCACCAUAUAUUUAAAAAACCUUAUUUGAAUCUACACUUUACAAAAUCAACCGUUCUUGAGUCAGAGCCAGCCCUAAUGUUCGAUUCGGUGUACGUUUUCGCGAUUGGAUUACAGACACUGGAACAAUCACACUCUUUAACCCUUUCAAAUAUAAGCUGCGAAGAUGAAAACUCGUGGGACGGGGGUCUUAGUCUUAUUAACUACUUAAAUGCGGUUGAAUGGAAAGGUCUGACAGGUCCGAUUCAGUUUAAAGAUGGCCAGCGGGUCCAGUUCAAGUUGGACUUAAUUAAAUUAAAGCAACAUUCCAUUGUAAAAGUCGGGGAAUGGACCCCUCAUGGGCAUCUGAAUAUAACUGAACCAUCAAUGUUUUUCGAUGCAGGGUCCAUGAAUGUGACACUUGUAGUGAUAACAAUUCUGGAAACACCAUAUGUAAUGAUGCAUUAUGGCAAGAAUUUUACGGGAAACGAACGAUUUUAUGGUUUUUGCGUAGAUAUAUUGGAAACCAUUUCUCGGGAAGUUGGGUUUGACUACAUACUGGAUCUGGUACCGGAUAGAAAGUAUGGGGCCAAGGACCCUGAAACUGGGGAAUGGAACGGAAUGGUCGCUCAGCUGAUGAAAUAUAAGGCGGACCUGGCAGUUGGAUCCAUGACUAUAACGUAUGCAAGAGAAAGCGUCAUUGAUUUUACCAAACCAUUUAUGAACUUGGGGAUAAGUAUUUUAUUUAAGGUCCCAACAUCAGAGCCAACGAGACUGUUUUCUUUUAUGAAUCCAUUAGCGAUUGAGAUUUGGAUAUAUGUGCUAAUUGCAUAUUUUCUUGUGUCUCUCUGCAUAUAUAUUGUUGGAAAACUUUCGCCUAUCGAGUGGAAGUGCAUCAACGCCUGCGAUCUAGAAAAUAUUUCUAUUGGCAACCAGUUCUCCCUGACUGACAGUUUUUGGUUUACCAUAGGGACUUUUAUGCAACAGUCUCCUGAUAUUUAUCCACGAGCUAUGUCGACUCGAAUAAUUAGCAGUACUUGGGGUUUUUUUUCACUUAUUAUUGUCGCAUCUUACACCGCAAAUCUAGCAGCUUUUUUGACAACGGAGCGCAUGAUUAAUCCUAUUGAGAACGCAGAGGAUUUGGCUUCUCAAACUGAGAUUUCUUAUGGCACUCUAGAUAGCGGAUCUACAAUGACAUUUUUUCGGGACUCAGUGAUAGAAACUUACAAAAAAAUUUGGAGAAGCAUGGAUAACAAAAAACCAUCUGCAUUUACGACUACUUAUGAGGAUGGUAUUAAGCGAGUAAAUCAAGGUAAUUAUGCGUUUUUGAUGGAAUCCACAAUGCUUGAUUACAUCGUUCAGAGGGAUUGCAAUUUGACGCAAAUCGGAGGACUUUUAGAUACAAAAGGUUAUGGUAUCGCUACACCAAAAGGUUCGCCUUGGCGAGAUAAAAUUUCAUUGGCUAUACUUGAGCUCCAAGAAAGGGGUGACAUUCAAAUGUUGUAUGAUAAGUGGUGGAAAAACACUGAUGAAACAUGUACUCGCAAAAACACAAGCAAGCAAUCAAAAGCUAAUUCACUUGGUCUGGAGAGCAUAGGCGGCGUAUUUGUAGUGCUAAUAGCUGGAAUUAUUGUGGCUGCGGUUGUUGCUUUCUUCGAGUUUUGGUAUAACUUUCGAUACAACCAUAAAGCUACAACAUCUCAAUCGGUCGUUAAUACUAAAUACAAUCAAGAUGGGAUCCUCGAAAGCGAUAGGAACUAUACCCCACCUGACCGUUCAUUUUGGAUCGAAAUUUCCGAGGAACUACGCUACGCAUCAUGGUGCAUGAACAAGCAAAAGAGGCCUGCACUUCGUCGCACAUGUAGCAAAUGUACCAUUCCGAAAGGCCAACGAAUUAAUAAACUAUGAACUAUUAGAAACAAAAACAAUAAUAAAUACCCAACUAGAUUCUAAUAUAUUAAGCUAUUUUUUAAUAAGAUUUAAGGAUGUAAGAAAUUAAUUCUAUUAAAUUACACUAUACAUUACAUACAUACAUUUGGAAAAUAUAAAAUUACAAAUUUAUAAAGAAAGCUAAGAUAAUGUUGAGCUAAAAAUAU